AUGCAUCAACCUCAUCGGAUCCUCGUCUAUCAAUUCAAUUAUCCUUACAACAGUCAAAAGAGUCCGAACUACGAAAUUACCUUUUUCAUACAACUUUGUGGUAGCAUAUUCGCGGCUCUAACUAACUGUACUGUCGACAGCUUCGUUUCGAUAUUCUUGCUACACGUGUGCGCACAACUGAUAAAUCUACGGGUAGCGCUUAAUAACACAAUUGACGAAUUAGCCAAUAGAACCAUGUCCACUUCGAGAUUUAAAGAAGGUUUAGCUACGAUUGUUUUACGACACGAACAUCUCAUUAAAAAUGCCAAGACAAUUAACGACUGCUAUAGCAAAGUGUUAUUUCAACAAAUGCUAGCCACUACUUUUCAGCUGUGUUUUCAGAGUUUUCAGAUUUACACGAUAAUAACAGACCAUACUUCAAAGAUACCUAUUAUCAAAAUGGCUUUUCUAUUUUUUUAUACCGGCAUUGUGUUAACACCCUUCUACAUUUAUUGUUAUACGGCUGAAAAACUUUUUACAGAGAGCAUCAAUAUGGCGUACGGCGUGUAUCAAUGCAAUUGGUACGAUUUGCCAUCGAAAAACGCAAAGGAUUUAAUGAUUAUCGUACAUCGAUCUAGAAUUCCGCUUAAAUUAACAGCUGAAAGUUUUGGAGUUUUUUCAAUGGAGUUGUUUGGAAAUACAAUAAAGACAUCGAUGGGAUAUUUAUCUGCAUUGCUUGCAAUGAAAGACUAACGAGGAAAUAAAAUGGGGAGUAGUACAAAAUUCCAC